AUGCCCGACCACACAAUCGUCAGUGCUCCGGGCAAAGUCCUCCUUGCAGGCGGCUACCUAGUCCUAGACCCCAACUACACAGGUCUGGUAGUAGCCACAUCCUCGCGUUUCUUUGCCAGCGUAAAGCCCACAACCGACCCCUGUCCGAGUGGCACAGCUCGCGUACGUGUCCGCGCAGGCCAGUUCCCCGCCUCCCCCCUUUGGAGCUACACCGUCUCCGAAUCGGGUGUCGAGGGCUCCGAUGUCCCCAGCCAGAAGAACAAGUUCAUCUUCCUCACCCUCGACAACGUGCUUCGAUACGUCCAGGCUCGGUUGCAUGCUACCGGACGUGAUGGCGACUUUGAACGACUUAUGGGAGGGGGGCUCGAUAUCGUCGUGCUGGCGGAUAAUGACUUCUAUACACAGCGCGAACAGCUCAUCGCCGCCGGUCUCCCUGCGCGCCUCGAGUCCCUUGCCUCCCUAACGCCGUUCUGCCCCCUCCCACGCCCAAUCGAACAGACAAACAAGACGGGUCUCGGCUCCUCUGCUGCUCUCGUCACCUCCCUCGUUGCCGGCAUCCUCUCGCACCUCGGUCUGGUGGACGUGACCACGCCCGAAGGAAUCGACAUUGUCCACUCGCUAGCGCAGGCCGCCCACUGUCUCGCGCAGGGCAAGGUCGGGAGCGGUUUUGACGUUGCCUCGGCCGUAUACGGAACCCACGUGUACUGCCGUUUCUCACCUGCCGUUCUCGAGCCGCUGUUCGCCGAGUUUGAGCGCGGGGAGAAGGGAGACGCCGUGUACAACGUUGUGCAUGAGGGCAAGUGGGACCAGGAGGCGCGGCCGCUGCGCUUGCCUCGGGGAUUGCGGCUCAUGCUCGCCGACGUCGAUGCGGGAACGGACACACCGAGCUUUGUCGGCCGCGUGCUCAAGUGGAGGAAGGAGAACCCAGAACAAGCUUUGGCGGAGUGGAUCGAGCUCGACAAGGCCAACCGCUCACUGGAACAGGCCCUCGCGACCCUCAUCGAGCUGGAAUCGUCCCCAGAAUACGAUGACGAGCUGCAGGCCGCCGCGCGGUCCAGAGUAGGCGACCUCAAGCCUGGACGUAUCUCGACAGCGCUGCAAAGCCUGACUGCUACAAUCGAGGCCAUCCGCACCGGCAUGCGCAAGAUGUCCGCGUCCUCGCAGGUGCCAAUUGAGCCACCAGAGCAGACCCGUCUUCUCGACGCCUGCUCCGCCCUCCCUGGCGUGCUGGGUGGCGGCGUUCCAGGCGCGGGCGGAUACGAUGCCGUUUGGAUCCUGGUUGUCGAUCAGGACGCGAUCGCCAAUAGCGUGCAGGAUGUGUGGGCCGGUUGGACCGAGAUGAGCGUCUCACCACUGUCUAGCAAGCAGAGCGAUGGCGGACUCGUGCUCGUCGCCUCGGCAGACGACGUUCCGGGCCUCAAGGCUGCGCUGGCGAGGUAG